AUGGGCCGGGCGGCCUCCCCGGGGCGCGCCGCUUGGGUGCUGGCUGGGGGCCUCCUGGCCGCCGCCCUGGCGCUGCGCGCUGUGCCCGGGGUCCGAGGCCGGCUUCCCGGGGGCCCGGGGCCCCUCCAGCAUCCCAUGGGCGCGGGGGCGCCCCCGGAUCGCCGCGCAGCCCCCGGGGCGGGCCCCGAGCGCGCGGCGCAGGUGUCGGGGCCGAGCGUGGCGCCCACAGCCCAGGUGCGCCUGCUGGUGAACAACACCCCUGCACCGGGGGCCGCUGACCUGUGGGACCUACUUCUGCUGGACAACAUCACCGGCCUGGCCGUCCGGGAGCCGGCGGGGAACAGGACCGCGGCGGGGCUGCAGGCCUUCCGGUGGCCGCUUCUGCAAGUCGGAGACGCCUUCUCAGUCAGCUACACGGCCUCGCUGGAGCCCGGGGCCCGUGGGCGCGGAGAGGUCCUGCUGCUGCCGGCCCUGCUCGCCUUCCGGAGCGGCUCCACGGCGUCCACGAACAGGACACAGCUGAAAGCCCUCCUCACCAUAACGGCAGAGGACACGGUGACGGUUCUCCCAAACCAUGGCCUUCACGCCGCCGGGUUCUUCGUGGCCUUCCUCGUCUCCCUUGCGCUGACCUGGGUCACUCUUUUCUUCGUGGUUCGGCAUCCGUGUUUGAAGAGAAGCAUGUUCACCAGGCAUCAGGCUCAGCAUCAGGACAGCAGGCUGGAGCACUCCCAGUUCACGGCGGCUGACGGUGUGAAUGAAGAUCUUGCUCUGAAUGACCAGAUGGUUGGCAUCCUGUCCUCAGAAGACCCCGGGAGCAUGCUGCAAGCUUUGGAAGAGUUGGAGAUUGCAACCCUGAAUCGGGCCGACUCCGAUCUGGAGGCCUGUCGAACCCACAUCAGCAGGGAUGUCAUUGCCCUUCUCCUGAGAGGGCUGAGCAGCAGGGGCCAGCUCGCCCCUCAGGCAGAGAGGAGGAUGGGCGCUGCUUUUAAGAAGCAGUUUCUGAUGCUGGAGAAGGAAGUGCAGGAGGAGUAUGAUCGGAAGAUGGUGGCUCUGACGGCUGAAUGCGACCUGGAAACAAGAAAGAAGACAGAAAACCAGUUCCAGAGGGAGGCGGCGGCCAUGGAGGAGGCAGAAGAACUGCUAAAGCACGUUAGCGAGAGGUCGGCGGGCGAGUGCAGCAGCCUCCUGCGCAGGCUGCACGGCCUAGAGCAGGAGCAGCUACGGCGCGCCCUGGCGCUGCAGCAGGAGGAGGACCUGGCGCGGGCGCACCGGCAGCUGGCCGUCUUCCAGAGGAGCGAGCUGCACGGCAUCUUCUUCGCCCAGGUCCGGGGCGCUGUGUUCCGAGGGGACCUGCCGCCGGAGGCCGCCGAGCUGCUGCUGCAAGAGUACUCCCGGGCGCAGGAGGAAGUGGAGGAGCUGAUGGACUUCCUCCAGGCCAGCAAGAGGUGCCACCUGAGCAAGCGCUUCGGCCACCGGGAGUACCUGGUCCAGAACAUGCAGGCGGCGGAGACCCGGGCGCAGGGCCUGCUGAGCGCGGCCGCGUCCCAGCUCACCCUUCUCAUCCAGAAGCACGAGAGAGCAGGGUACCUGGACGAAGAGCAGACGGAGGAGCUGAUGGAGCGGGCUCAGACGGAAGUCUUCUCCAUUAAACAGAAGCUGGACAACGACCUGAAGCAGGAGAAGAAAAAGCUCUACCAGAAAUUAAUAGUGAAGAGGAGACGAGAGAUGCUGCAAAAGCACAAGGAGCAGCAGAGGGAGCAGCUGUCCGUGGGAGAAGCCUUCCGCGCGGGAUCAGCCGAGGACGUGGGCCGGUACCUGGGCCAGUGGCGGAGCCUGGCCGCGGCCCAGGGCGCGGCCCUGGAGGAGCUGCAGGAGCGGCUGGACCAGGCGGCGGGGGACGAGCUGCGGGCGCUGGCCCUGGCGCUGACGGAGAAGGCCGCCGAGGAGCUGCGACGGCUGCAGAGCUCGGCGCUGGCGCAGGAGCUGCUCAAGCGCGGCGUGCCCUGGCUCUUCCUGCAGCAGAUCCAGGAGGAGCACGCCCGGGAGCUGGCCGCCCGCGCCGAGCAGCUGGAGGCCGAGGAGCGGGCCCGGGACCAGGAGGGCGUGCGGGGCGUGCGGCAGCGGCUCCAGGACGACGCGCUGGAGGCCUCGGCGGAGGAGCAGGCGGAGCUGCGGCACUGGGGGCGCCGGGUCUUCCUGAGGCUGUGCGGCGCCCCCUUGUCGCUGUCGGAGGAGGAGCUGCUCCGGCUGCGACAGGACGUGCACGGCUGCUUCGCCCAGAUGGACCGGAGCCUGGCCCUGCCCCGCGCCCGGGCCCGUGUGCUGCUGCAGCAGCUGCACGCCGCCUGGCGGGAGGCGGAGCUUCUGCGGCUGGACCAGGCGCUGGCCGCCCCCGAGCUGCAGCCACAGCCCAAGGCGAGGAAGCCGCGCGCCCGGAGUAGAAGCAAAGCCGACCUCCUGCGCAAGUGCAUCGAGGACAAAAUCCAGCUCUUCGACAGCCCGGCCCCGGAGGACCUGCUGGAAAAGGUCCGCGCGGAGCUUUUGCGGGAGCGGGUGCAGCAGCUGGAGGCGCAGGAGGGCCGCUUCGCCGAGGCUCUGGUGGCCCUGCAGUUCCAGAAGGCGGCCCGGGCGGCGCGGACGCUGCGGGCCUACACCGCCCUCCUGAGCGUGCAGGACCUGCUGCUGGAGGAGCUGAGCGAGUCGGACACGCUGACCAAGGCGGCCUGCGCCCAGAUCCUGGACUCCCACAGCCCCGAGCUCCAGGAGCUGGAGAGGAAGCUGGAGGAGGAGCUGGCCCUGCAGGAGGUGGCCCAGCGGCAGCGGUGGGCGGGGGACGGGCCCGGGCCCCUGGCGGAGCCUGAGGACGCGGAGUCGGAGUCCGAGGGGCUGGUCUCAGCGGUGCUGCGGCGGGCGCUGGGCCGGAGCCAGGAGCUCCUGGAGCGCCAGCAGCAGAGCCGGCGGGAGGAGCAGGCGCGGGCCGUGGUGCUGGAGGACCUGCUGGAGACCAUGGAGGCAGAGGCCCUCGGGGGCCUGUACGGCCAGGAGCUGCGGCUGGCCUCCUACCUGGCCAGGCUGACCAUGGUGCCCGCGGGCACGCUGCGCCGCCUCCUGAGCAUGGCCCUGCCCGCGGCCCCGCGGCCGGAGCUGCUAGCCUUGUUGGACUCGCUCAGCCAGAGGCAGCUGGACCCUGAGGCGGAGCAGGAUGGCGGCGGGGAGCAGGCCGACCUGGGCCGCAGGGGGAAGCACCAGGGCUGGUGGCAGGCCUUGGAGAGCAGGCUGUGCGCGGAGCUGAGGCGCAGCGGCCUGGAGAAGGUGCUGUGGGCGCGCCGGAGGAAGGAGAGCAUCCUGAGGAAGCCGUGCCCGCCGCUCAGGGAGCGGAGGGUGUGCUCGGGGGACGGGGGCUGGCCGCGCCUGUCCCUGGAGGCCGGCGGCGACCUGGUGCCCGUGCCCAUCGUCGGGGCAGAGGCCCUGGACUUCCUGGGCACGGGCGAGAAGCUCUUCAUCUUCCGGAACUCCGCGGAGCCGGAGCUCGCGCUGCAUGGGCCGCCCCGGAGGAAGAAGAACUUCCUGAACACCAAGAAGGCCGCCUGGGCCGCGGGCGCAGACUAG